AAAAACAAGACACUUUUCUCAGCGGACAACUUCAUUCAUUAUAUGACAGAGGCAUUGGACAUGAUGAUGAAUGAGGUCCCCAGGAUGAUCGUGAACGUGGUGCAGCUCUUGUACAUGGAGCCAUUGAGAGAGGUCCAGAUGCCAACCUUGGGCUGCCUGCUGCAGAAAUCUUUCUGUUCCUGCUUGACUAGGCCACCUUCUGAUUCUCCAGAGCUGAAGGAGCUUGUUGAGUUGAACUUUGAGUUCCAGAGGAGGUUGGAGCAACUUCUCGAUAGUGAUCGUUACUUUAAGGAGGACUUUGCUGUGGUUCUCCAGCCCUACACGAAAAAAGCCCUACCACCAAGACUUCCCGAUGGGAAAAUUGACGUGAGCUUCUUUACCCCUGACUGCUUCCACUUCACCAUUAAAGGUCAUGAGGAACUGGCUAAGGGCUUAUGGAACAACAUGGUGAGCACUGCUAGCAGACACUGA